AUGUCGUCAUCAGCUUUUUUCCACAAACCAGAGCUGGCUUUGCGCCGUGCACUCGAAUUGCAGGGCAUCAACCAAGAAUCUGCAGCCUUGGAACUUCUUCAUGAGGUCUUGAGCAGCCGCCGACACAGGACUUGGUCUCCAGCCUUCGAACAGAUUAUGAUCGCUUACCUGAAUUUAUGUUUGAAGCUACACAAAGCACGUGAAGCCAAGGAUGGACUUCAUCAAUACCGCAACUUGGCCCAGUCGCAAGCUCCCGGUAGUCUAGAGAAAGUGAUUCGUUACCUUGUCGAGAGAGCGGAAGACCAAUGCACCAAAGCCAAAGCAGCUGCAACUGCUCUGUCUGAAUCGCAGCCAUCAAAGCUAGAAGGUUCUUUGGAUGAAGAUGGCAUCGCGCCACAGGCAGUUCUGUUGUCGAGCAUGUCCACAGAUCCGGCGAAAAACCAACGGGAUUCCACUUUAGUUCUUCCUUCACUGAAGUUUCUUUGGGAAAUAUACCGCGCCGUAUUGGAUAUCCUGAGAAGCAACUCCAAGCUUGAGCACGUGUACCACUCUGCGGCUGUCGGCGCCUUGCGAUUCUGCCGUGAAUAUCAAAGAAGAACCGAAUUCCGUCGCCUGUGUGAUUUGCUGCGAAUGCAUCUCGGUAAUCUGCAAAAGUAUGGCGAAGAUUCAUCGGGGAAGAACAAUAAGGUUCGUGGCUGGGAAGGAUGGUCGAACGAGGCGAUCGAAUUGCACUUGCAAACACGAUUUGCCCAGCUGGAAACGGCCAGUGUCUUGCACUUAUACACAGAAGGAUUCCGUACCGUGGAAGACAUUUACAACAUCUUGCAAAUUUCACAUCAGCGCCGCAAGCAAAACCCUGAACUCCCUCUGCCAAAGGCAAAAUUGAUGGCCAAGUAUUACGAGCAGCUUACAACCUUGUUCUGGGUGUCAGAAAAUUACCUUUUCCAUGCAUUUGCUUGGUUCAAAUACCACGCGUUGUGCAAGGAAUUCAACAAGGGAAUGGGAGAGGAGGCGAAGACCCAGCAAGCAAGCGCCGUUCUUCUAGCUGCACUGUGUAUCCCUUCGCUCCCCAAGUCUGCUGACUCGUCUUCGGUCGCAAGGGGAGGCAACAACCGCUUUGAUGACUCUGUCAUUCAAGAAAAAAUGGCUCGAAUGGCCACGCUACUAGGCUUUCAUACACGUAAUCCAACGAGAGAAAAUUUGUUGGAAGAGAUCUCCUCACGUGGUAUUUUUGAGCAAGUCCCAGAAUAUCUCAAACAGCUAUUCUACCUACUGGAGCACGAUUCUGACCCCCUUGUUCUGGUCGAAACUGCAAAGCCGCUCUUGGAUCAACUAUCUGCAGACACUGGAUCAGCCGAUGAUGCAACAGCCUCUUCUCUAGCGCAAUACGUCACACCUCUGCGCAGCAUACUUUUGCUUAAAUUGCUUUGGAAUCUAAGCUCAGCCUACCACACUGUUCGCAUUGAUUUCUUGAAGGGUAUCACCGACGGCUUGGGCAUGAGUUUCGAAAGUGUCGAGAAGGAAAUCGUCCUCUUUACUCAGACCCACAAAGGAUUGGUUGUACGUAUUGAUCACAGAUCCGGGUGUCUUCGAUUUGGUGAUGCACAGCUGGAAUCCGAUUCCAUGCGUUCUCAACUUACGGUUCUAGCCCAAAAGCUGGACGAGGUCUGCCAGACUCUUGCACCCGCAGAAUCAAAAACCGUUGACCGGUCUGAGUUCUACCAAUCGAUCAGAGAUAACCGCGAAGCUGACCAUACUCGAAUGUUGGAGCGCAAGAAUUGGAUCGAACAACGCAAGGAGGAAAUGGAGCGUCUUGCUCAAGAAAAGGUCCGUUUGGAACAAGAGACAGCAGCUAAGGAAGAAGCUGCAAGAAAGGCCGAAGAAGAGUUGCGCAUUCAGAGAGAACAGCGCCUCCGGGAACAGGAGAAGCAACGAAAGAUUCAACGAGAGAUGGAAAAUAUGAAGAAAGAGCAGCUCCUCAAGGCAAUGGGACACAACACUGAAGCUCUCACAGCCGAGGAGAUGGCAAAACUCGAUGCCGACAAGCUCGCUAAAGAGCACCAGGAAAAGCAAAACAAGAAGAAGGAAGAGGCCGAAAGGAAGACCCGUGAGGAAGCGAAACGGCUUGACUACUUGGUCAGAGCAAUUCGAAUCGAGGAGUUACCGCUCGUGAAGGCAAAGUACGAAGAGAAGGUGACGAAGGAUCGAGAGCAAUACGAGCAAGAGGUUGUCGAGAAGACUCAAAGAGCAAAGUUGCAGUGGGAGUCCGACAAGAAAGACAAAGAACGGCUCUCUUCUCAUUGUGUGUUCGAUUACAUGGGUGAUUUCGAGGGCAAGGUGAUGUCGGGUCGUGAGAUCAAGCACAAAGAAUUGUGUGCCGAAGCGGAUAAAGAAGCUGAUCUACAGGCCGAGAAGGCGAAAAUCCAAAGGGCUCGAAACCGAAAACAAGACGAAGGCAAAAGAUUGGCGGAGGAAGAAGCCAUGCGAAAGCAAGAAGAAGAAGCCCACAAAGCCGAAGAAGAGCGUAGAAAGAAAGAAGAAACUCGACGAGAGAAAGAGGCUAAGGAAGAAGAGCGCCGUAAAGCUGAAGCUGCUCGAAUGGCCCAAGAAAGAGAACGUCGAGGUCGUCAGCAGGAAGAUCGUGGACCAAGAUCUUCACGAGCUUUGGAUAAUGCUUCCGGUUCUGGUAGUAGAUAUGUCCCACCCUCUCGAAGAGGACAGGGCGGGGGCGAUGAUUCUGGUGGCAGUCGCUUCGGAGGAGGGGGGUAUCCCGGAGGAGGGCGUUACGAAGGUCGUUCUGGAGGUAGAGGUGGUUAUGACGACCGAGAUCGCGGUGGCGUUGGCGGCUUUGGAGAUCGAAGAGGUGGAUAUGGUGACCGAGACCGUGACGGUGCAUACGGAGAUCGAAGAGGUGGAUAUGGAGACAGAGACCGCGGAGACCGCCGGGCAGGAUACGGAGACAGGGAAAGCGGCAAAGAUGGUGGUGGCGCAUGGCGUCGUUAA